GCUUUUUUUCGCAGAAAUUGCGUGGGCGCGCCAGUGGAUCUCCGGGGAUCGCCAAUGAGCUUGCAGCCAGCCGUCCCUAGGCAGAUUUCUGUCCAAAGUCCGCCGCAGUGGCAAAGCCCGCAGCAAUGGCAGGUGGCGGGUACACCUGUGACACAGGUGCUUCCGCAGGUCCCACAGAUGGCACCGUUGUCACCGCUAGAGGAACUCGGUCCACCUCCUAAGAGGCAGACGGAGAACAUGCCCACCCCUGCUUCCAUUGCGAAUCAGAAGGAGGCUUAUUCAAGAGCUUUGGAUCAGCAGCUAGAAUCCGGUGCCAAAACAAUACAUGAUCAAAAAACUCAAGCCCUGGACAUCUUGCGCAACGCCGCGGAAGAGAAGAAGAUGAAGUUUACUAUGCAAAUUGAGGAGGAAAUGCUACAGAAGGAGUUUGAGCUGGACGAGAACACCCAUGCGCAGAUCAUGCAACUGCAACAGGCGGCGUUCCAGCAGAAGUCGCAACUGGAACACCAGGCGAGUCAACUGAUCAUGGAGUACAAGCAGAGAUUUAUGCAAGAGCAAAUGCAACAACGACUUUAUGAACAAAAGAUGCGACAACAUCAGAUGCGUGAGACCAUGCAACAAAAGAUGAAAGACGUUUCGGCGAAGAAGGCUGCAGCGCCACCUUCGCCUUCGUCGCCACAGGUGUCCAUGCCAUGCACCGCAGCCGCGGACAUGGGUCCCAUGUUGCAGUCCCCCAUGUACUGACGUUGAACAAGCGUGGCAGUUGAUGUGCGUGCGAGGUGGCGACAGUGAUCUUCGCCGUUUAGUGACAGCGGUCGUCGGACACUGUCGGAGACCAGCACCGGUGACAGCAGGUAGCACUGCAAACUACUG